AUGUAAAGUUCUUCUUAAAAGAAAGAAGCUCUAGCUGACAUCUUUGAUGAAAUAAAAGAUGUAGAUAUACAAACCUUUGGGGCCAUAUUAGAAAUAUUAAGAAACGAGAAGAUUGUAGAUUGCAUAGGAUAUCUUUCUGAUUAUUAAAAUCAACAACAUUUAGAAUCCUAAAUCUUACAACAAGUAGAUAAUAUCACCCAAGUUGAUAAAGAAUAGAAAUUAUCUGAAGUUAGAAAUAAUAUGAGAUAAAUUUCAGAUGUCUUAAGAAAAUUAAAAGAUCAUGACUUCAAUAACUAAGACUUUUCCUCUUAAGAAAAUGAAGAAUCUAAACUAAGUCUAAUUUAAAGCAUCAAGGAUAUUAAAUAGAUAAUAGAAUUACUGUAAUUUUUAGUUCACCUCACAUCCAUUAAUGAAACUUUGAUACAAUGUGGGUCUAAUUCAUUGCAUAUUUUAGUUUAGAUGAAGGUGGACCUUAGUAACAAAAAUUUUGAAAAUAUUAAGAUCUAAAAUACUGCAUUAGUAGGAGCUAAUUUUGUAAGGUGUAAUUUGAGUGGAUCCUUGUUUGAUAAUGUAAACAUUAGUGGAAUAAAUUUAAAUGAAGCAUUAUUAUUUCAUUGUUAAUGGAAAGACUUAAGAAUAUAAGAAUUAAACAAACUUGUUGGUCAUAAUUAAUCAGUCUAUUCAGUCUGUUUUUCUCCUGAUGGAAAGAAAUUAGCCUCUGGUAGCAGUGAUAACUCUAUUUGUUUAUGGGAAGUCAAAACAGGAUAAUAAAAAGCUAGAUUAUAUGGUCAUACUAGCAAAAUCAACUAAGUCUGUUUCUCUUCUGAUGGAAAUACAUUAGCAUCUUGUAGUAGUGAUAAGUCUAUUCGUCUCUGGGAUGUAAAAACAGGAUAAUAAAAAAUCAAAUUGGAUGGACAUCUAACUCAUGUCAACUCAGUUUGUUUCUCUCAUGAUGGAAAUACAUUAGCUUCAGGUAGUAAUGAUAAGUCUCUCCGUUUAUGGGAUGUGAAAACAGGAUAAUAAAAAGCCCAAAUAGAGGGUCAUACUAGCGCAAUCAUGUCAGUCUGUUUCUCUUCUUAUGGAAAUACAUUAGCCUCUUGUGGCUGGGAUUAAUCUAUACGUUUAUGGGAUAUUUAAACUAAAAAAUAAAAAGCCAAAUUACAUAGUUAUAGUAAUGUUUAGUCAGUCUGUUUCUCUCCUGAUGGAAAUACAUUAGCCUCUGGUAGUAUUGAUAAGUCUCUCCGUUUAUGGGAUGUGAAAACAGGAUAAUAAAAAGCCAAAUUAGAUGGUCAUACUAGUUAUGUCUACUCGGUCUGUUUCUCUCCUGAUGGAAAUAUAUUAGCAUCUGGUAGUGUUGAUAAGUCUAUUCGCCUAUGGGAUGUCAAAAAAGGAUAAUGCAAAGAUAAAUUAGAUGGUCAUACUAGUUAUGUCAACUCAGUCUGUUUCUCUCCUGAUGGAAAUAUAUUAGCAUCUGGUAGUGAUGAUAAGUUCAUCUGUCUUUGGGAUGUCAAAACAGUAUAAUAAGUCAAAUUGGAUGGUCAUACUAGUUGUAUCAACUAAGUAUGUUUCUCACCUGAUGGAAAUACAUUAGCGUCAGGUAGUAAAGAUAACCUUAUCCGUCUUUGGGAUGUCAAAACAGGAUAAUAAAAAGCCAAAUUGGAUGGUCAAACAACUCAUGUCAACUCAGUCUGUUUCUCUCCUGAUGGAAAUACAUUAGCCUCUGGUAGUGAUGAGACUAUCCGUUUAUGGGUUGUCAAAACCGGAAUAUAAAAAGCCAAAUUACAUGGUCAUACCAAUCCUGUCUACUCAGUCUGUUUCUCUCCUGAUGGAAAUAAAUUAGCUUCUGGUAGUUAUAAAGAAAUUAGUCUCUGGGAUGUUAAUACAGGAUAAUAAAAAGCGAAAUUAGAUGGUCAUACUAGUUAUGUUUAUUCAGUUUGUUUCUCUCCUGAUGGAAAUACAUUAGCUUCUUGUAGUGCUGAUUAGUCUAUUCGUCUAUGGGAUGGUAAUACAGGGUAGUAAAAAGCCAAAUUGGAUGGCCAUAAUGAUUAUGUUAGAUCAGUUUGUUUCUCUCCUGAUGGAAACACAUUAGCCUCUGGUAGUCGAGAUAACUCUAAUCGUCUUUGGGAUGUCAAAACAGGAAAAUAAAAAGCCAUAUUAUAUGGUAAUACUAGCAAAAUCAAAUCAAUCUGUUUCUCUCCUGAUGGAAAUACAUUAGCUUCUGGUAGUGCAGAUAACUUUAUACAUCUGUGGGAUGUCAAAACAGCGUAAUAUAAAUCAAAAUUAAAUGGUCAUAGUAAUACUGUCUACUCAGUUUGUUUCUCUCCAGAUGGAAAUACAUUAGCUUCUGGUAGUAAUGAUUAAUCUAUUCGUCUAUGGAAUUUCAAAAGAGAAUAAUGUAAAGGCUAAUUGGAUAGUCAUAGUGAUUAUGUUAGAUCAGUCUCUAUCUGUUUAGAUGGAAAUAAAUUAGAAUCUGUAAUUAACGAUAAGUUUAUUCGUCUAAGGAAUGACAAGAGUGGAGAAGAAAUUAAAUCCUCUGAUAAAAAUUAUAAAGAUAUUCCUGCCUAAUUUAAAGCACAACUAUUUUAAAACAAACUUCUACCGAGUAUUUAUUUAAUUAUUAUUUUUUAGAAUCCAGCAAUAUAACAAUUUUACGAAUAUCUGAAACACCAUUAUUUCAAGCAUAAGAUGCUUUAAUCUUUAAAGGAAAUUUUAUAAAUUAUGAGGGAUUCGAUUUAAGAUAAUUAUUUAAAUCUAAAGGAAGUUGCUUUUUAGAAGACUUGAAGGGAAAGUGA